AUGGCUGCUGCGAUUUCACUUACUAUCCUCCUACUUAUGUUUGUAAACACGAUUCAAGCAAAAAAUUUAAUGGAGCUCUACGCUUACUGCUACAGUAACGCGGAAGACAUGGCUUCCCUCAAAAGAGGUGAGACACCAACUCCAGAAAAGUUACCAGAAUGGUGCAUCACAAUGCGGAACGAUGUGGCGCCAUGCAUUAUUGAAAAGUUCCCUAUGACCGACGAUGGAAGUAUAGCUUCACGCGGAAACGUACUACUAACAUUCUACAAAAUUGCAAAAGAUGAAAGAAUAUUAACUCACGUCAAACUAUAUCAUUACGGAUGCUUAUACAACAGCUGGCAUAAUUAUCUUGCAGAUGACGAAUGUUACAAACAAAUGCUAUCGCAAUGUGUGCGCGGUAAUCAGUCCUGUUACUACGUUCCAUGUGGUGGAGGAGAUGAGAAGCACAAGGUUUAUAAGGUGCUCAGUUCUGCGGACAAAGAAUCAGAACCACCGAAAUCAUCUGCAUGUGGAGUAAUCAGAUAUCUAGUUACUAUUUCGCUAAUGGCACUCUUAUAUGUUGUGUAAAUGAACAUACAAUAAAGAUCGAAUCGCU